CAUGUGACUGUUCUUUCUCUGUACAGUUUCCCAGAGUGCUAUGCAGCAGAGUUCAGUCCUUUACCCGUAGCAGAGGAGGGGAAGCUGGAGGGAAGCGUCCCGUUAGAGCACCUCAUCACCUGCAUCCCUGGAGUCACUAUCGUAACGGCCCAGAACGGCUUCAAGAUCAUCAAGUGGAUUCACAACAAACCCCCGCCACCAAACGCAGAUCCGUGGCUGCAGCGCAGUAAGAGUCCGGUCGGGAACCCACAGCUGAUCCAGUUCAGCCGAGAGAUGGUGGAUCUGAUGAAGAACCAGCCGUCCUGUCUGGUGCCCAUCACAAAGUUCAUUCCAGCGUAUCACCACCAUUUUGCCAAGCAGUGCCGUGUGUCCGACUACGGAUACUCCAAACUGCUGGAGCUGCUGGAGGCCGUUCCUCACGUGCUGCAGAUCCUGGGUUUAGGCUCCAAGCGUUUGUUGACAUUGACCCAUCGUGCUCAAAUCAAACGCUUCACUCAAGACCUGCUGAAGCUGCUGAAGUUUCAAGCCAGUAAACAGGUGGUGAUCAGGGACUUCACUCAGGCAUAUCACUGGUGUUUCUCCAGGAACUGGCAGGUGGUGGAUUAUGGGAUGUGUGAUCUGAUGGACCUGCUGGCUGAGAUUCCAGACACAACAAUCACGGUCUCUCAGCAGGAUGCUGACACGCUCAUCUCUGUUCCUAAGAGAGAGCGGACGGUGGAGGAGCUGGAGCGCACACGGCAGUUUGGCAAGGAGGUGGUAGAUCUUCUGAGACAUCAGCCGCACUUCCGGAUGCCCUUCAGCAAAUUCAUCCCCACGUAUCACCACCACUUCGGACGGCAGUGCAAGCUCUCCUACUACGGCUUCACCAAACUCAUGGAGCUGUUUGAGGCCAUUCCAGACAUUCUUCUGGUGCUGGAGUGUGGAGAGGAGCGGCUGUUGGCGCUGACGGAGGUGGAGCGCGUCAAAGCUUUAGUGGCUCAGCUGGUGAAGCUGCUUCGGGCCCAGAGAGACUCAGCACUUCCUGUCAGUCAGCUGCUGAGUGAAUACAGCAAGACGUUUGGCUACAGCCUCCGCCUGCAGGACUACGACGCCGCCACGCUGCCCGCCCUGCUCAACAAACUCUGCCACGUGGUGAAGGUGGUGGACACUCCCGAAGGGAAAGAGGUGCAGCUGAUUAACAGGAAGUCCCUGCGUGCCUUGACGUCUCAGCUGCUGGCGCUGAUGAUGUCACUUCCUGAGGAUCAUGAUCAUCUCGUAGUGGAGGAGCUGAGGAAGCAGUACGAGCUCAGCUAUGGAGCACCGCUCAACUCUUGCGAGUACGGCUUCAUCUCUCUGAACGAGCUGCUGAAGAGUCUGCCUUACCUGCUGCAGCUCUCUGAAGGCGAGCAUGAUGACGGUGACUCAGAGGAGCGUGUGAGGCUGACCAAACUCUACCAGUUUGCCCGCAGCAUCCGUGCGCUGCUGCACACGUAUCAUUAUAACCAGAUCUUCCUGUCGGAGUUCUGCGGCGCCUUUAGCAAAUACACCGGCCAAGAGUUUCAGCCGCAGACGUAUGGCUAUAAGACGCUGGAGGAGCUGCUGGCUGCUAUACCACAGGUGGUGUGGAUUAAAGGUCAUGGUCACAAAAAGAUCAUCGUCCUGAAGAACGACAUGAGAGCUCGUGCCAGUCCUGCGGUCACUGCAGACGAGCCGUGUCCUGAUGAAGAGCCCCGGUCAGCUGAAAGCCCCGCCAGCGGUGAGAUGGAGCUGCUGUGUCUGGGUUCUCCUGUGGAUCUGCUGUGUGCUCCGGUUCCCUCCUGCCUCCCGUCUCCUCAGCUUCGGCCCGACCCGGUACAGCUGCAGCCCAGGGAUCUGAUCCGCUUCGAGCCUCAUCCGCACGCUCCGUCUGAACGAGAGCCAGUUCACGAUCAGCAGCCUCAGUCGGCCAACGGUCCUCUCAUGACUUCAGCUUCUGGUCAUGGAGUGAGCAGCGCAGUGGAGCCCUCGGGCUUGAAAACAUGCGUUACAGACAGCCCUGGCCGGCGAACGGCACGCAACAAGGUUAAACUAGCAGCUAAUUUCUCCUUCACAUCCGCCCUGUCUGUCUGAAGCUGAGCACGUCACGUGAGGAGGAAUAUUUGCGAAGCGUGACGUGUUGUUCUGUGAGGCUAGCACAUGUUCUGCGUGGUGAAUAUCGUGACUGUUCAGUGUUCAAAGUUUGAUUUGUCUGGACUGCAGCAGACCUCGUGUUCAUUUGGUGUUUCUCUCAAACCAAGCCACUGUUCCUCCACGCGGAUGUUGUUUUCUUUACUGCAGUCGCUCAUUAUCAGUCGUUCGGUUGAGGCCUGAAUCGUGCAGACCGCAGCUGAUUGCUGGACAUCACUCUGAGCUGCUGUGAAUUCUCCAAACCUUCAUUACGGUGAAUCUUUCCUCCUGCUGAGAUGUGCUGUCGUGCCUUUGUUUGAGAUGUUAUUUGUGUUGUUUGAAGCACAUGGGCUUCGUCUGAUGAAAUGGAAGAAUGAGUUUGCUGGAAUUCACUUUAUUCUUUUUCGAUCCGAGAUCUCAAACACUCACAGAUGCUUUUGUGUUAAGUCUCUUUCAGAGCCAGAGCCUGUUAUCAAAGGGCCUUCCUCCUUUUUAACUGAUUGAUUAGGCAAAGCCGCCCGUCUCAAAUUGCUUAAGUUCAUAUUGUGAAUGAAGUCUGUGUUUAUUGAAACUCUUACAGAAGUGUUUAGUUUAAGAUCGUCUCAGCUCAUCUCGGAGGAGUUUCGCUGGCGUCUGGAAGAAUCAUGGGAGUCUGCGUGAAGUUCAGCAGGCCGAAGAGAAACACCCUAAUGUUCUGCAGACCGAGGCAGUUUGUUGUUUUACGGAUGUUUUUUUUUUUUUGUGGUCCGGAAGUUGCUUUGAUAGUUCUAUGCACAUGGUGCAUAAACCCUUGUUUGUAAGCAGUCCUUUGAGUAGCUGCAGGCUUUUACUGCGUUUCUUCUUUUAUGUAUUUUGGCAAAAUCAUGCUAAUUCAGUGUAACUGUUCCUCUGGAAAUGCCAAGGUUGUUUACUUGAACCUUGAGUUCGUGUGUUUGGUUGCGGUUUGCUUUCCACGGUGGCUCUUCGAUGGCUUUUACAAUGGUUUGUAUCAGCUUUGAGACGCCGGCGCAGGACUCCGCUUCUGCUAAUGGCUUUGGGUCACAGUGGGUUGAUUGUGUGCAUGUGCUCUGUUUAGGGUAGUUUUCGGCUCGUAGCAGCACGAGGAGCUCAGAGUCCUGUGUCUGAACGCUCACCUGUGCUGUACCGCGGCUGUUGAACGCAUUCAUUUGUUUCUUUUAAGGGUGGCCCUCUUUGGCCAAUGUUUUUGGAAGCCUUUAAAAAUGCUACCAGCGGAAACUCUUGAGCUGAAGUACAUGUGUCUCAGUGAUUUUAUGCAUGUUUGCAUAACUUUUGCCUCAUGCUGUUUAUGGAUAUAUUUGAUUUAGGCAGAGCAUUUAUUGGCCAGCAGAAAUCUGACAUGUACAUGUGUCUCAUCUUUAGCGUCUCUGUUCGUCAAGUGCAGUUUGUGUGUGUGUGUGUUCACUCUCACGUCUGUCAGACAACCACAAUGAACCAAGAAGCCUCUCAGAUUGUGACGUUCGCUGAACUUAAUGAGCUUCAUGUGAAAUAACGUGGACGUUCAGCCUCAAGACACUGGAGGUCUUGUAUGAUUUUAGUCUCCACCAGAAAGUCCUGUUAGAACGUUUUUUUUUUUUAUUUCUAUGUAAUGACCAAAUUUCUGUCAUGUAUAAUAAAUAUCACAAGCAUCA